CAGCUCAAAGCGUUUUCCGUUUCCAACCAAAACAAAAGUAGUAGGAGACAAAUGAUGAAAUUUUAUUAACAUUUGUUAUAAAACAAAAUAUAUUUUAUUUUAUGUUCUGAUAAAAAGAUCAGACUUUAAGAGACAAAAAUGUUUUCUUCUUUACUAUACAACUCCGCAAGAAGUUUCACUCAUACUCAUUUUGGAUCUUCACUGUCUUCUGCUGUCUCCUUGUACAAAUUUUUGCCUCUCCGAUUUAAUAAUGGAAAUUUAGUUCACAAGAAUCUAAAAAGAUUAACUCUAACUGCAACUAGACAAACAGUUUCGACAGCCCAGGCUGCUGUUGUAACACAAUCUGCGAAGGCUUCUCAGUAUGUUGGAACAUGGCUCAUUUGCUGUAGUGGUAUGGUUAUUGGUUCAGUGAUUCUUGGUGGUGUUACUAGGCUCACAAAAUCUGGUUUAUCCAUGGUUGACUGGCAUCUUUUUAAAGAAUUUCCUCCGAUGUCAAGAGAAGCGUGGGUUUUAGAAUUUGAAAAAUACAAAAAAUUUCCAGAGUUUAAGCAGAACAAUUGUGAUAUGACAUUAGAAGAGUUCAAAUUUAUCUGGUACAUGGAGUAUACUCACAGAAUGUGGGGGCGAGCAGUAGGAGCUGCCUUCUUGCUGCCAGCUAUCUAUUUUUGGAAGAAGAAAUGGCUCUCAGGACCAAUGCAAAAAAGAGUUUUGAUAUUUGGCUCUUUAAUUUUAGGACAGGGUUUGCUUGGUUGGUACAUGGUUAAAAGUGGUCUGAAAGAAAAUCCUGAACCAGAUGGUGUUGCCCGAGUUAGCCAGUAUCGCUUGGCUGCUCAUCUUGGUAUGGCCUUUGCUGUAUAUAGUCUUAUGCUAUGGUCUGGACUGAGUCUACUUUUACCUCCAAAACCUAUUGAAUUUUCACAGAAACUUUCAAAAUUCAGGCGGUUUGCUCAUGGUACAAAAGGCCUUAUCUUCUUAACUGCAUUCAGUGGUGCAUUUGUUGCUGGCAUUGAAGCAGGUCUUGUAUACAAUUCUUUUCCCAAAAUGGCCGACAGAUGGAUACCUUCAGACAUUGCGGCUUUCUCACCAAAAUGGAGGAAUAUAACCGAGAAUCCUACUACAACACAAUUCAAUCAUCGGAUACUGGGCGAAACAGUAUUUUGUGCUGUAAGCGGAUUAUGGUGGUAUUCACGGAAACUUCCCUUGCCCCCAAGAGCUAGAAUAGCUAUGAAUUGUAUGUUAGCUAUGGCUAUAAUGCAGGUAAAUAUAUUUUGUUCAGUUUUAGUGCUGCUUAUUUAGAAAUAAUAAGACCUA